AUGACGACGACACGUUCGUCGACGGACGGCGAUCCGGGCGCCAUGGCCUCGUCCAUGCAUGCCUAUGCUGGAUCGCGCGAGUCCGUCGUGCUGCUGAACGACUCUUUCUUCCAGGUGCGGCAGCAUGUGCCGUCCCUCGCGCCUGCCGUCGUCGAGGCACUGCAGACGGAUAUGUACGCGGCGCCGAGCACGGGUGGCGUGGACCGCGAUACCGAGUAUGCGUACUGCGCCACAGCUGAGCGGUGCUUCGUGUGGCUCACUACGAGUGCGUGUCCGACGUGCUACACGUUCCCGGUGCCCCCGACGAAUAGGCCGCCGCACUGUCUUCUCCUUCCGCGCCCCCUGAAUGCGAGCGCCGAGCCGGCCCUCCUGCUGUGCACGGCGGACGGCCAGCUCGCGUUCUGGAACGCCGUCAGUGAUGCGUUCACGACGACGAGCAGCGUGCCGGGCGUGCGUCUGCCGCUGCACGCUGGCGAAGACGUGUCGGCUGCCGCGCGCAUCGACGGCAGCCAGGUGAUCGUCGGCACGACGCAUGCGCGGCUGUUCGCUGUGCGUGUGCAUAUGCAGCGUGGCGAGCACCACAUGGCGCCGUCGCUGCUGAGCGAGUCGCGCGGCCUGCUUGCGCGCUGGUUUGGCGGUGGCUCGAGUGCCAUGCGGGCCGAGUAUGCCAUCACGUCGCUCGCCGUCGGCACGCCUGACGACGACAUGUGCUGCCUUGUGCUGGCUAUCAGUACACGCACUGUGCAGGUAUGGCGCGUCCCGCUCACCGCGGGUGCAGGAGCUGGCGCCGCGCCGCGCCUCGUGCACGCCGACACGAGUGUGCACCGCUCCCUAGCGAGCCAGGUGUUGUAUGCUCGGGGCCAGCGAUUCAGUGCGGCGGAGGCGAUGCGCAUGGAGAUGAUGGAUGCAGCUUUUGUGCCCGGCGAAGACGCCUUUGUCGUGCUGUACAUGGACCGCAGCGCGCCAUCGAUGCCGUCGUACGGCCUGGCCCUCCUGGAUGUGGCGAGUGAUGCACCGCUGGCACCGCGCCGUAUUUGGCCCUUGCGCUUCGAAGCUGCAGAAGAUCCUCGGCCGGCGGCCCGACCGCGCGUGCUCGUAGCCGAGGCGCAACCGAGCGUCGCAUUCGUCUCGUUUGCGCAUGCCGUCGUCGUGCAGCUGCUUUGUGACCCAUGUGGCUCGGAAGAGUCUCUGCGUCUGCGACAUGGCUCAGAUCGCAUCCUCGGCGCAUGCGUACGAGUGAGCGGACAGCGUGCGCAGUGGACGGCUCUCACGUCCAAGAGCGGGACGUGGCAUGUCGAGCUGGACGUGCUGCACGCGCAGCAGCAGGCUCUCGACGAGCAGCCUGCGUCGCCGCAUGCAUUGGAUGCCCAGACACGGCGUCUGCAAGAGCGCCUCGAGAGCGCCGUGUGGUUCGAUGAUCCGGCCCAUCCGCUCCAGCUGGAUGCGCUACCAGCUCACCUCGAUAUCGAGGUGCUCGAGCACUGCGUCGUCCGCAUCAGCACCGAUGUGCUCACGAGCUCGCUGCGAUGCAUGCCGCCCACAGUAGACUUGCGCACGCAACUAGCGCAGCGCAUCGCAUGUGCGCUGCGCUUGCGCGAUGUGCUGGGUCAUAAUGGCUACCUCGCACAGCUGUCGACGCGCGUGCGCGCGCAUCUGCGGGCCGAUGCCGCGCUGCUCGCGGGGGCAAGUGACUUGUGGCGCCUCUACGAUGCCGGAUCGCAUGCCACCGUCCUCGCCGCGGCGAUCGAGCGCGUGCUGGGCCCUGGCAGUGAGCGUGCGUUCUUCGAGCAGGCUCUGCCGCACGUGCUAGAGGUGCUCGAGGCGCUGCACGCCCAGCUGGACGCCUCGAAUGCGAUCGUGUGUACGCGUCUCGUACUAGCGCUGCUGCUGGGCGCUAGUCGCUUCCGGUCCGAGCACGGUGCUACGUACCAGCUGCCGCCGACGCCAAGCACUCCGACCUGGGUGCCAUGGUACGCAUCGCCUGUGUGCAUUCGUCUACUGGAGGCACUCUUUGACGCCACGCGCUCGCGUCUGGAACACAACGAUGCAUCCGUGGCGGAGCUGCGGACACAGCUGUGUGCGCUAGCGGAGCAGGCUCUCAUGGCCUACGAAGCACGCGAGGCAUGCACGCUGGACGAUGCUGAAGCGCACGCUGCCGCGCACGCUGCCUUUGCGCACGCCCGUCCUGCGCUGCUACGACCCCUGCUGGCCAUCGGCCGCGCCGACAGAGCCUUUGCUUUGGCCGAGCACCACCGCGACUUUCACACACUGGUGGAGCUGUGCUUUGCAGACGCGCACGAAGAAAAGGAGGACGCGAAACGCAUCAAGCUCAUGCAGGCGCCGCCUCCGGCAGCCGUCGUGCGUGUGGAAGCGUACCUCGACACGUACGGCAUGGACUUUGCGAAUGAGCUGUACCAGCAUUAUAUCCGGCAUGGCGCGCUGCGCCGCCUCAUGGAGCCGCAACCCCAGCAUGCGGCUCUUGUCUCGGCGUUUCUGGACGCGCAUCCGCAGUACGGCCGACUUGCAUGGGUGCACGACACGGCCCUCGGCGCAUACGACCACGCCCGUCAUACGUUGCGCUCCACGGCCGAUGCCGAGCGUCUGGACGUCGAAGCCAAGCAGCGGAUGCUGAGUCUCGGAAAGCUGAUGCACCUCGCGACGCUGCCACGCAUGGAUGACGCACUUGCGCCGGCACAGCAGGCCGCGCUCGAAGCCUGGGACGAUGCGCUCGAUUUGGGCCACAUUCAGCAUCGCCUCCACCAACGAUGGUCCGACGCUGCGUGGAUCGAUGCACAGACGCCGCCCGAGGCGCAGGCGGAAGCGAUCGCCUCGGCUGUUGCGCCGCUGCUGUCGGAGCGGCCGGCUCUGCGCAUGCUCUUUGUGUCGCUCGCGCGCGACGUGAUGGCCGGUCUCGUCGUGGGCGGUGAAGAUAUGAUGGAUCUGCUGACGCUCACCGACCGCGCGUUUGCGGCGCCUCCCGAGGCGCCCCUCACCGACCUGGCCAUUGCUGCACAGGUGUUUGUGCGUCUUGAUACACCGACGCCUGCGCGCCGCGAGGCGGCACUGGCCUCGCUGUGGCGCCGCCUCUUUUUGAUGGAUGACUGGGAGGCACUCAGCGACACGACGAGUAUGACGGACGAUCAAGUCCUGCACAAUGUCCAGGGCACGGUGGCAUUUCACACGCUACAGAGCGUGCUCGCCGACGCCAGUACGGCCAGCACGCUGAUGGCUCCUGAAUCGGUAUGCGCCCUGCCGCCGCCCUCGGUGUCGUUGUUGGCCGAGCGUCUGCAAGGUCUGCCCGAUGCGCAUAUCGAAGCGAUUCAUGCAGCCCUCCAAGACGAGCACGAGGCACUGGUGCAUAUCGUGCAGCAUACCAAGCUCUCGGCGUACUUUGCGCAUAUCCUGUCGGUCCGCGACGACAUAGUCGCGGAAGACGAGGCGCUCAUGCCAGGUGCAUCAGAUAUGGUCCUAUAG